AUGUCAGUUCGAAGGAAAAGAGAAGAAACGUUCAUGACAGAUCCCGAGCCAGCCUUCCUAAACCGACAACACAUGCGCAAGUUCUGUAUCUAUCUACUGAGUACGCUGUGGAUACAGUACCUUACCAAUUACAUGUUACCAGCACAAGUCUUUACCGUACAAGUGGACCCAGAAGCUUCGUUGAAGUUACUCCCAAAGAUCCAGGUAAAAACUGUUAGUGUAACUAAUUGCUAUACCUUAUAAUCUAAAUGUACUUACAUCUAGUAAUGUCUACAUAAUUUUACAUGUUAUUUAACAGGUCUUGUAAAUUAUAUUCUACUGCUUUCAGCCCUACAUCAAGCACAUUAUGGACUUGCACAUGUACGCCACCUUCUUCAAACCAAUGAUCGAGACCUAUUCUUGCAUUAUGUUCCUUCGUAACUAA